AAGACCGCAGUCCUCAUAUGGUUCGAUACUCAGUGGUUAAGCCACAGUGGUAUUAUAUAUUUUGAUAAAUUAUAUUUCAUUUCAAUCACACCAUAAUACAAAAUGAGUGAAAGAGCGAUUUUUUUGGUUUUAACAAUCAGUUUAAGCGUUGCUUGUGGCUUAGAUUUGUUUAGACGUGAUGGUAUUAAUGGAUAUAAUGGAUAUUUAGUAAAAAGAGAUGACAUUAUAAUGUCGCCAGAUCGUAUAGCUGCAGAGCUUAUAAAUUCGAAAAAUUUAAUGAAACGAGAUACAAUAGGAGAUAUUGUAAUGGAAACCACAACAUCUAUGAAUGUUGAAAAUCAAGUGGUUAAUUCAAAUCCCGCAUCACAAUUAGUUAAACGAUGCAAUUAUGACCAGAUAUGUAGUAGCUCUAAUUCAGAAACAAAUGUAGAAACCCACGAUGUUGAGGAAACAGCGACACAGGAAUCUUCAUCUUGCUCAUCGUCCUGCUCAUCAUCUUACUCAUCAUCCAGUGAAACUGAUGAAAUAGCUAAGAAUAAUUCAGGAAAGAAAUGUCAAUGCUCUGAUUCAAAAUCAAAUGUAGAAGCCCGUGGUAUUGAGAAAAAGGAAAAAAAAGAAAAAAAAGAAUCUUCAUCUUGCUCAUCAUCCAGUGAAACUGAUAAAAAGGUUAAAAAAGAUUCAGAUAAGAAAUGUAAAUGCUCUGAAUCAAAAACGAUAGGAGAAAACCGUGAUGGAGAGGUUAAGAAAUGUAAGUGUUCUGAAUCAAAAUCAAAAGAAGAAAACCGCAAUAGCGAGAAAAAAGAAAAAAAAGAAAAAAAGGAAUCUUCAUCUUGCUCAUCAUCUAGUGAAACUGAUAAAAAGGUUAAGAAAGAAUCGGAUAACAAAUGUAAAUGUUCUGAUUCUAAAACAAAGGGAGAAAAUCACAAUAGUGAGGGUAAGAAAUGUAAAUGCUCUGGUUCAAAAACAAAUGUAGAAACCCGUGAUCUUGAGAAAAAAGAAAAAAAGGAAAAAAAGGAAUCUUCAUCUUGCUCAUCAUCCAGUGAAACUGAUAAAAAGGUUAAGAAAGAUUCGGAUAAGAAAUGUAAAUGUUCUGAUUCUAAAACAAAGGGAGAAAAUCACAAUAGUGAGGGUAAGAAAUGUAAAUGCUCUGGUUCAAAAACAAAUGUAGAAACCCGUGAUCUUGAGAAAAAGGAAAAUAAAGAAAAAAAAGAAAAAAAGGAAAAAAAGGAAUCUUCAUCUUGCUCAUCAUCCAGUGAAACUGAUAAAAAGGUGAAGAAAGAUUUGGAUAAGAAAUGUAAAUGUUCUGAUUCCAAAAACAAAGGAGAAAACCAUGAUCAUGAGGGCAAGAAAUGUAAAUGCUCUGGUUCAAAAACAAAUGUAGAAACCCGUGAUAUUGAGAAAAAGGAAAAAAAAGAAAAAAAAGAAAAAAAGGAAUCUUCAUCUUGCUCAUCAUCCAAUGAAACUGAUAAAAAGGUUAAGAAAGAUUCGGAUAAAAAAUGUAAAUGCUCAGAAUCAAAAACAAAAGGAGAAAAUCGUGAUGGCGAGGUUAAGAAAUGUAAGUGUUCUGAAUCCAAAUCGAAAAAAGAAAACCGUGAUAACGAGGAUAAGAAAUGUAAAUGUUCUGAUUCAAAGAACAAAGGAGAAAACUAUGAUCAUGAGGGUAAGAAAUGUAAAUGCUUUGAUUCAAAAACAAAUGUAGAGACCCGUGAUAUUGAGAAAAAAGAAAAAAAAGAAAAAAAGGAAUCUUCAUCUUGCUCAUCAUCCAAUGAAACCGAUAAAAAGAUUAAGAAAGAUUCGGAUAAGAAAUGUAAAUGCUCAGAUAAAAAAAACAAAGGAGAAAACCGUAAUGAUCAGAAUAAGAAAUGUAAAUGCUCCGAUUCAAAAACAAAUGUAGAAAUCCGUGAUGUUGAGAAAAAAGAAAAAAAUAAAUCUUCAUCUUGCUCAUCGUCCAGCGAAACAGAUAAAAAGGUUAUGAAAGAUUCGUGCAAUGGUUCAGAUUCAAUAAAAGAAAAUGGAGAAAUGAAGUGUGGUAGCCGAAAACAGGUUUCUGAAUCGAAAUCUGACGUAGAAAACAGUGAAAUUAUGAAAAAUGAAAACAAAAAAUCCUCAUCUACAUCAAUAUGCAGCGAAAAUAGUAAAUCUGGAAUGUGCCAAUCGGUCGACCAAUACAGAUCAGAGACAGAUGAGGAAAUUACGGGAACGAUGAAUAAAGAAAAUAACAAAUCGUCAUCUUCUAUGUCAUGUGGAAGUGGUACAAAAGGAAUUAAGCAAUUGAACAACCAACAAAUUCAUUAUUCUGAGUCGGAGACUGAAGAACAAGAUGUAACGAUGUUAAAUGAAAUAAACGAAUCUUCUUCAUCUUCAUCAUCCCGCUGUGGAAGUAGUAAAAAUGAAAUAAACAAAUCGAAUAAUCAACAAUAUAAUUAUUCCGAGUCGGAUAAUGAAGAACAAGACAAUGAAAUGAUGAUAAAUAGAGAAAUUAAUUCUUCAUCAAAAUCAAUGGGCUAUGGAUGUAGUAAAAAUGAAAUUAACCAAUCGGGGUUACAACGUAGUUGUUCAGAAUCAGAAGUAGAUGAAGAAUCUAUGGCAAUGAUGAAACAAGGAAGUAAAUCAUCAAUGACUUCAUCAUCAGGUUAUAAUCAACGUAGCAUGGUAGAAUCAAAUUCUGCACGUGGAGAAUCAAGAAAUAUUAUGGUAAAGGAUCAAUCUACGUCGUCUUCAUUGUACAGCCAAGAAGAAGAAAAUGCAAUGGGAAUAGCGAAAAAAGAACAAUCGGGAUAUUCAUCUUCUUCUACUUAUAUUUCUGGCGGUAAAACAGAAAUGAAUCAAGUGUCACAAAGGUCAGAAUCAAACCAAUUUGAGCAAAAUGUGAAUUAUAGCGAAUAUGAAAAUCAAGAAGAAGAAGAAGAAGAAAGCCAAUUUGGAUGCUCCCAUUAACGAAUCUAAUAUUAUCUAAUUUAUUAUAAUAUUGGCAUAGAAUAUUAUAUUUUUAGUAUCUUGUAAAAGGCUAAACAAUUUUAAAUAUAAUUCAAUUAAAAUAAUA